GACAGCGGUGCUAACAGAUGAGGAGGGCGGAGUCCCUUUUGCCCAAGGUGGCAAAACCAACUUUUCCUCAGCCAGGCCCAAGGACUACACCCUGCCCUGAGCUGUGACAGAAUGAAAGGCCGGCAAUGGCGGUACACUCCUCUGCCCACAGAGAUGGAGGACACACUGUCUGGGGAGGAGGGAGAGGAGGAGGAAGAAGAGGAAGAGGAGGAGCCAGCCCCAGCUCUCCAGGACCCUGUGGAGCCUCAGCUGACAGAAGCCAGCCAGGUCCUAGGUGCCUCAGAGAUUAAGCAGCUCAGCCCCCACCUGCCCCCGAGAGUCACUGGUCACCCCUGGAGUCUGGUCUUCUGCACGUCAAGGGAUGGCUUCAGUUUGCGAAGACUAUACCGACAGAUGGAGGGUCACAGUGGGCCAGUACUGUUGCUGUUGAGAGACCAGGAUGGACAGAUGUUUGGCGCCUUCUCCUCCUCAGCUAUCCGACUCAGCAAAGGCUUCUACGGUACAGGAGAGACAUUCCUCUUCUCUUUCUCCCCACAGCUAAAGGUCUUUAAGUGGACAGGGCACAACUCUUUUUUUGUGAAAGGAGACCUGGACUCACUGAUGAUGGGCAGUGGAAGUGGCCAGUUUGGGCUGUGGCUGGACGGAGACUUGCACCGUGGUGGAAGCUAUCCCUGUGCUACCUUCAACAAUGAUGUGCUGGCCCGGCGGGAGCAGUUCUGCAUCGAGGAACUGGAGGCCUGGGGUCUGAGCUGACGCCUCCC